AUGGAUUCAUCAAAUCAAACCCCUCAUACUCGUGUUGCUAACGAGUCCAGCAAUCCCCUUCAAUUCACCAUUCACCUACCUUCUUCAACCCCUGAUUUUAAUUCCGGUUCCAACUCUGGUCACCCUAAUUUAGAUCCCUAUUCCGUCCAAAAUCACUUCCUUUCACAACCAAUACCCAGAAGAAAAAGGCGCGGAAGGCCCCGUAAUCCGACGACGUCUACAUUCCAGGUACACAGAUUGCCCUCUUUGUCAAAUGCUAGUAGCUUUGGGAAUGAGUUACAUUUAAGUUCAGCCCAAAUUAACAAAACCCAGGUUAGAAAUUUGCAUAGUUCAAUUCAAAUGAACCCUGGACCGAUUUCAGUUUCUGGUAAUUUGGUCAGUAAAACUGUAAAUGUCGUGUCAGAUGAGAUAAUCGUGAUUAAUGAUAAAGCCACAGAUGAGGCCUCGACAGCCUUGAGCGCAGGGUUCCCAGGAGAUUCACUUAUUGGCGAAGAAAUAGAUGCUGAGGUGGUUAAAGAUGUGGGCGGAAUAGAGCAGGUUAAUUAUAUAUUGAUUCGGAAUCAUAUAAUUUCUAGGUGGCGUGAUAACUCGUCCAAAUGGCUGACUAAGGAUAUGUUUGUGGAUUGUAUUCCGAAACAUUGUGGAGGAUUGUUGGACUCUGCAUAUGAUUACCUGGUUUCGCAUGGGUAUAUUAAUUUUGGGGUUGCACCCGCAAUAAAGGAGAGAAUUCCAUUGAAACCGAGUAAGCCAAGUGUGAUUGUGAUAGGGGCAGGGCUUGCUGGAUUGGCUGCUGCAAGGCAGUUGAUGACUUUCGGGUUUAAGGUGACAGUUUUAGAAGGGAGGAAGCGUGCAGGUGGGAGGGUAUACUCGAAGAAAUUGGAGGGUAAUAAUAUUAUGGCGGCUGCGGAUUUGGGAGGGAGUGUGUUAACGGGUACAUUGGGAAAUCCACUUGGGAUUUUGGCACGGCAAUUGUCAUAUACACUUCAUAAGGUGAGGGAUAAGUGUCCGCUUUAUAGAGUGGAUGGGAAACCAGUGGACCCCAUUUUGGAUGACAAAGUGGAGAUUGCUUAUAAUCAACUUUUGGAAAAGGUAAGCAUGCUUAGGAAGUUGAUGGGAGAUGUUUCACAGGAUGUUUCUCUUGGGGCUGCAUUGGAGACAUUUUGGCAGGUUCAUGGAGAUGCAGUCAGUGAAGAAGAGAUGAAAUUGUUCAAUUGGCAUCUUGCAAACUUGGAAUAUGCAAAUGCAGGUUUGCUUUCCAAACUUUCACUUGCAUUUUGGGAUCAAGACGAUCCCUAUGAUAUGGGAGGGGAUCACUGCUUCCUCACUGGAGGAAAUGGAAGACUGGUUGAAGCAUUGAUGGAAAAUGUUCCAAUUCAUUACGAGAAAACUGUGCAAGCUAUUAAUUAUGGCAGUGAUGGAGUGCAGGUUUUUGCCGGGAAUCAAGUUUAUGAGGGUGAUAUGGCUCUUUGCACAGUUCCACUUGGGGUUCUGAAAAUUGGUUCCAUCAAGUUUGUCCCUGAGUUGCCCCAGAGGAAGCUCGAUGCAAUAAAGAGGUUGGGAUUUGGCCUGUUAAACAAGGUUGCCAUGCUGUUUCCAGAAGUCUUUUGGGGCACUGAUCUUGAUACGUUUGGGCAUCUCACUGAUGAUCCUAACUGUCGGGGGGAGUUCUUUCUUUUCUACAGCUAUGCAACUGUAGCUGGUGGUCCUCUCUUGAUUGCUUUAGUAGCAGGAGAAGCUGCUCACAAGUUUGAGACCAUGCCCCCUCCAGAUGCCGUUGAGAAGGUGCUUCAGAUUCUGAAAGACAUCUAUGAACCACAAGGAAUUAAAGUCCCAGACCCUAUCCAAACUGUCUGUACGAGAUGGGGCAUUGAUCCUUUGUGCCUGGGCUCUUACUCUAAUGUUGCAGUUGGGGCAUCAGGAGAUGACUAUGAUAUUAUGGCAGAAAGUGUUGGAGAAGGGAGGCUUUUCUUUGCUGGCGAAGCCACAAGUAGGCGCUAUCCUGCAACUAUGCAUGGUGCUUUCCUUAGUGGGUUCAGAGAAGCUGCCAACAUGGCGAAUUGUGCUAGAGCUAGAGUUACAAAUGUGAAAGUGGAGAAAAAUCCAUCAAAGAAUGCAUAUGAUUGUGCUUCUAUUCUUGCAGAUUUAUUCAGGGAGCCUGAUCUGGAAUUUGGUAGCUUUGCUGUAAUUUUUGGUAGAAAAGAUUUUGAUUCAAUGGCAAUUUUAAGGGUCUCAUAUAGUGGGCCGAGAAAAAAGCCUGAUCAGCAGCAUUUUAACCAAUUACUUUUUGAGCAGCUUCAGAGUCAUUUUAAUCAGCAGCAGGAGUUUCAUCUCUAUACCCUGUUAUCUAAACAACAAGCUCUGGAGCUGAGAGAGGUGAGAGGGGGUGAUGCGAUGAGGCUGAAUUACCUUUGUGAGAAGCUUGGAGUGAAGCUCAUCGGGAGAAAAGGUUUGGGGCCAGCUGCAGAUUCUGUUAUUGCUUCAAUAAAGGCUGAGAGGAGCAAAGGCAGACCAUCAAGUUCUCUGAAACCUGGUACAUCGAAAUCACAAGCAGCUUCUCUGAAACAGAAGCUGAUUAGAAAGGCUAAAAUUGUGGGCAACAAGAACAGAUCUUCUCUUCCAAAUGCAAAAGUUGACACUAAAGUCGUUGCUCGCAUUAGUUCUACUAGAUUAAAUCCUGGUGUGGAAUCUAGAGAAGCAGUGGGCAACAGUAAUGGUUUGCCUUUGACUCAUCCAAGUUCAGAUGUUGGGGUAAGAUCAUUAAGCAAUAAUUGUAACUUGACUCCUCCACAUUCCAAUUUUGGUGCUAAAUUAGUCGGCGAUAUCAGUGGUGCAAUCUCUCAGAAUUUGGACCACAAUAAUGGCUUGAGGCCUCCUCCAAGUACAAAUUUUGGAGGAGGGGCAUUUAGCAGCAAUAACAGUCAGGUUCCUUCAAAUUCAGAUGUAGGUACAAUGUUGGUGAGUAAUAUUAGUAGUUCUAGCCCUCAAAAUCUUGUCCAUAGUAGCAGUUCAACUCCAAAUUCAAAUAUUGGCACAAGAGCAUUAAGUACCCAUCAGAGUCUUGACCAUAGCAGUGGUUCAGCUCCAAGUCCAAAUAUUGGUACAAGAGAACUAAGCAGCCUUCAGAAUCCUGGCCAUAGUAGUGGUUUGACUCCAAGUUCAAAUAUUGGCACAAGAGCAUUAAGUAAUCCUCAGAAUCUUGUCCAUAGCGGUGGUUCCAUUCCAAGUUCAGAUAUUGGCACAAGAGCAUUAAGUAGCCCUCAAAAUCUUGACCAUACUAGUGGUUCGACUCCGAGUUCAGAAAUUGGCACCACAGCAUUAAGUAGCAAUACCAACCUGUCUCUUUCAGAUUUAAAUAUUGUUGAAUUGGUAGGCGUUACUGGUGGCUCUGAACCUGGGCAUUUUGGCACGAGUAAUAGCUCUAUUCCUGCACCAAGUUCAAAUAUUGGGACAACAGCAUUAAACAGUAAUAGCAGCCUGGUGCUUCCAGAUUCAUAUAUCUCUAGCUCUAACCCUCAAAAUUAUGCAGGGGAAAUUUUAUAUAGCCAUAACGAUAUCUCUACAGAAGAGAAUAUCUUUGAUGAUAUUAUAAAUGAACUUCUUCCCCCUUCCGGUACGAACUCUGGUAUUUGGCAGUUUACAGAUAAACUGUAG